AUGAAAUUUUGCGGUCUCGAUCCAUACGAUUCUGAGAUUUUGUCUGAAAAGGGAAAGAAUGAUGAAUCUGGAUUCGAAUUGUGUGGAACUGAGAUCAAGGGAAGAAUUUCCAAUGAAGUUAUGAACUUGGGGUCUGUUAAAGUAGAACCAGGGAAGGAUUUCAUGGAAGGAUUGGAAUUAAGUGGUUUAGGAUCCACAAAAUCUACUUCUUGCAACGAUGCUGUGAUCGAUGCUUGCGAUUCGAGACCGGGAGGGGAUGCUUCGAACAAGUUAAUAAGUACUCCACUGAAUUCUGAGAGGUCUGACGAUUCCCAGAACAAGAACAAAUACAAGUGCAGGAUCUGCAGCAAGACUUUAAAGUCUCACCAGGCACUUGGGGGCCAUCAAACAAUCCACAGAAAGAGUAAUAUGUGCGGCGUAGAGCAGGUCGAGGAUCGCACGAAAACUACCCACAUUAGCAGUUUUCCUGACAUUGAUGAUAGUUGCAAGCUUGUGAAGGUUGAAUAUGUAGAGAAUUCAGUGGACCAGGAAAAGAAUGAGAUGACUAGUUCUGAAACAGGGGUGCAUAAGGUGCACAAACGCCUAAUCGGCUUAAAGGUUUUCGGAUCCGGGCAAGCUUUGGGUGGUCACAAGAGGUCUCACAUGUCGAAAGACCCUGGAACCAGCGAUAAACAGCCUGCAGAGCAGCUAGACCUUUCCGACAUCUCUUCUGAUGUUAUUGAUCUUAAUCUCCCUGUUAUGCACAAUAAAGAGGUUAAUGGUAACAUGGGAUUCAAGUCGUGCCGGCUCGGAACUGACUGCAAGAGUGAGGCUCUACUGAGCCUAGCUGCUAACUGA